CCGGGACGUUUCCUUCGCGAAGCUUUGUGGGUAGCUGGCCGGGGUCUCCUGGCGACGACGAUGGCGGGGGAUGUGGGCGGUCGCAGCUGUACGGACUCGGAACUGCUGCUGCACCCGGAGCUGCUGUCCCAGGAGUUCCUUCUCCUCACCCUGGAGCAGAAGAACAUAGCUGUUGAAAAUGAUGUAAGAAUAAACAAAGAUGAUCUCACAGAUCUUUACGUCCAGCAUGCGAUACCGCUGCCUCAGAGGGAUUUGCCAAAGAACAGAUGGGGGAAAAUGAUGGAAAAGAAAAGAGAACAACAUGAGAUAAAAAAUGAGACUAAAAGGAGUAGCACUGUAGACGGGUUAAGGAAAAGGCCCCUCAUUGUAUUUGAUGGAAGCUCAACAAGUACAAGUAUCAAAGUGAGAAAGACAGAGAAUGGAGAUAAUGACCGACUCAAGCCUCCCCCUCAGAACCAUGACUUAACGCAUAGGAAAAGUCCUUUGGGUCCUGUGAAGUCGCCACCUUUGUCCCCUGUUGGAACUACUCCUGUAAAGUUGAAGCGAGCUGCUCCUAAGGAAGAAGCAGAGGCCCUGAAUAACCUGAAGCCUCCAGAAGCAAAAAGGAAGAUACAACAUGUUACAUGGCCAUGAAGGAAAGUUUCCAAAAAUGUAAAUAUAACUAUCUAGCUUUUCAAACAAGUUCACAUAUAUUUGACAGUAUUUACAGAGAUCCUGAUUAUUGCAGAAUUUUCUUAAGAGGUUUGAAAUAGGUUCAGAGUAAAGUGUUUUCUUUCUCUCCCCUUCUCUCCCUUUUUAACAUUUCUUGCCUUUCAUGUCCUGAGUAGGAAAGAAUUUCUUUUUAAAAUAUUGGUUUAGUAUACAUCAUUUAUAUUGGCCCGGCUGAAAUCAUUAGCUACAAAUCUGUCAUAAAAUAUCUAAUCAAUUUUAGGAAUUGUCCUUACUACUCUCCUUCAGAAUCUUUGGCGAAAUUUGAGAUUUCUUUUUAAGGCUCAAAUAUUUUAAUAGUUCACCAUUGCUAUUAAUUUGUUUCAUAAGCAGAAGCAUUUAACAGUUCAUUACAGUAUUUUAGUAAAUAUUGCCACAUGCAUCCUCAAAGGUUCACCAAGAAAAACAUCUUGAUAGUACUACUGGAAAGCUAUUCUGAAAGUACAGAUAGCAUUGUUUUUUCCCAUAAAAAGUAAAAAGGAAGGCAGUACUCUCUAUUACUCUUUUCUUAAAGUCUAACAGAAUUGAUUGGCUCUGAGGUGACUGGUGCAUCUUUUAGAACAAUCUUGUCCUGUCUACUCUUUUUGUAAGCAGUCUAUGAUCUCACACAGUAAGUUCUGCUCUUAUGCCCUCCUAGGAUCUUAAUCUUUCUAAAAUGAAGUUGAUUUAAAAAUCUUCAGGCUGAGUAAUCAUGUUGGAACUUGGCAGAAAGUUUAGAGAAUAGAGAGGGAGGGUAGAAUUUGAGAAUUUAGUAUGAUAGUGAGGGGCAGAAACAUCAGUGUCUUCUGGAGAUAGUAAUAGAGGGGCUUAGAGUUGGAAUUCACUGUUGAUUACAGCAGGAGAGAAUUGGACUUUCUGCUGGAUGGGGUUCCCAUAGAGCUGUCCCAUUUUUGUGCAGCUAGUAUUACCACUCCAAGUAUAUUAUGGAAGUCAAUGGGAAAGUAGGGUUUUCAUUAUCAUGAGUGCUAGGGCUACUUUUCUGCUAAGUAUUUCUACCCAAGAGCAAAGGAUACUUUGUAUUUUUUUUCCAUGUGUAUUCAAAUUGGGAUUUCCUGUUUUCAAUACAUUUUAGAGGAGUUUCUUUCCUUUUUUAAUUUGUUAAAACAAGUAUUUUAGUUCAGCUAUUGAAUAGCCUUACAAAAAAUUUAUUCAGCCUUGCAGGUAAGUACUAGCCCAGUAGUUUUUGGCCAUUCUGCCUUUACUCCAGACUAUAAAUCUGUACACAAGACAAAAUUGAUACAUACUAAGUGUUGUAUAAGUUGUCAUAGUAAGUUUUUAAAUAUAUUGUUAUCUGCAGGGCUGAUACAUAUAAUAUUGUUGAUGAGAACUGUGUUCCUAACCAUAAAUAUUAAAGGAGAUUUAAAAAAUGCAGAUU